CCCGCUUCCCAGUGGGGUUCCCAGUUUACCACACUGGUCCCCAGUCACGGGUGAAGGUCCUGGCCCAGUGCCAGCCACUGCCGCUCCCGCUUCCCAGUGCCAGGCAGUGCCAGUCCCAGUUCCCAGUGACAAUCCCAGUACCCAACGGUGGGAAGCGCCAUUUCCCGGUGCCAGCUAUAGGCCCUGGUGCCAGUUCCCAUUCCCGAUUCUGGGUCCCAGGUCCCGGUGCCAGUUCUCGGUCCUGGUGCUGGUUCCUGUUCCCGAGUCCCAGUGCCAGUUCUCAGUUCUUAUGCCAGUUCCGAUUCCCAUUCGCGGUUCUGGGUCCUGGUUCCCGGUGCCAGCUCCACUGCCCGGUGCUGGUUACCAGGUCUGGGUCCCAGUCUGGUGGCAGUUCCCAUUCCCGGUGCUGGUUCCCAUCCCCGGUUUAAGUCCCUGUUCCCAGGUCCCAGUUCCUAUUCCCAGUGCAGGUUCUCGGUUCCGGUUCCCGGGUCCUGGUGCCAGUUCCCAUUCCCUGGUGCCAGUUUCUGUCCCCAGUUCUAUUCCCAGUGCCAGUUCCCGUUCCCUGGUGCCAGUUUCUGUCCCCAGUUCCUAUUCCCAGUGCCAGUUCCUGUCCCCGGUUCCAGGCCCCAGUGGCCAUUCCCAUUCCUGGUGCCGGUUCCCAUCCCCGGUUUGCGUCCCUGUUGACGGGUGCCAGUUCCUAUUCCCAGUGCCGGUUCCCGUCCCAGGUCCCUGUUACCGGGUCCCAGUUCCUAUUCCCGGUACCCAUUCCCGUUCCCGAGUCCCCGUUUCUAUUCCCGGUGCCGGUUCCCGUCCCCGGUUCGGGUCCCUAUUCCCGGUUCCUAUUCCCGGUGCCCAUUCCCGUUCCCGGGUCCUAUUCCCGGUGCCCAUUCACGUUCCAGGGUCCCGGUUCCUAUUCCUGCUGCCAGUUCCCGUUCCUGGGUCCCGGUUCCUAUUCCCGGUUCCCGUUCCCGGGUCCCGGUGCCGGUCCUCGUCCCCAUCUCCUGGCGCCAGUUCCCGUCCCCGGUUCCGGGUCCCGGUCCCGGUGCGGUCCCCGGCGCGGUCCCAGCGCAGGCGCGGCCGCUGCCCGCCCCGUCGGGGCGGUGCUUGCGGGGAGGCGAAGCGCUGCGGGCAGCGGCCACCGGCAUCGGGCAACAGCACCGGCAGCGGGCAGGGCCGGUGGGAAAGGAUGUUUUCCUCGGUGAAGCCAUAUGAGAACCAGCGCUACGCCUCCCUCAAGAAGGAGUGUCAGAGGCGGAAGCAGCUCUUUGAGGACCCACUUUUCCCUGCCAAUGACGACUCGCUCUUCUACAAGUCAAGGAUCCAGGGCAUCCAGUGGAAGCGACCAAAAGUCAUCCCGGACUGGAAGGAGCAGGAGUGGAACUCUGAGAAACCUGAUAGCUACGUGGGGAUCUUCCACUUCCAGUUCUGGCGUUUCGGUCAGUGGUUGGACGUGGUGAUAGAUGACCGCCUGCCCACACUCCACAACCAGCUCAUCUACUGCCACUCCAACUCCAGGAACGAGUUCUGGUGUGCCUUGGUGGAGAAGGCUUAUGCCAAGUUGUCAGGUUGUUAUGAGGCCCUGGAUGGAGGUAACACAGCUGAUGCCCUGGUAGACUUUACUGGUGGAGUCUCUGAACCUAUCGACCUGACGGAAGGGGACUACAUUGCUGAUGAAGCCAAGCGAAACGUCCUCUUCGAGCGCGUGUUGAAGGUGCACAACCGGGGAGGUCUCAUCAGCUGCUCCAUCAAAGCCAUGUCAGCAGCUGACAUGGAGGCCCGCCUGGCCUGUGGGCUGGUGAAGGGUCACGCGUACGCAGUGACGGACGUGCGGAAGGUCCGCCUGGGCCACGGCCUGCUGUCCUUCUUCAAGUCGGAGAAGCUGGACAUGAUCCGCAUGCGCAACCCGUGGGGCGAGCGGGAGUGGAACGGCCCUUGGAGUGACACCUCUGAGGAGUGGCAGAAAGUGAGUAAAAGUGAGAGAGAGAAGAUGGGGAUGACGGUGGAAGACGAUGGAGAGUUCUGGAUGACCUUUGAAGAUUUCUGCAAAUACUUUACGGACAUCAUCAAGUGUCGUCUCAUCAACACAUCCUACCUGAGCAUCCACAAGACCUGGGAGGAGGCAGUGCUACGUGGGGCAUGGACCAGAAACAGUGACCCCUUGAAGAACCGCUGUGGAGGCUGUAUCAACCACAAGGACACCUUUUUGCAGAACCCCCAAUACGUGUUUGAUGUGAAGAAGACAGAAGAUGAAGUGCUGAUCUCCAUACAGCAGAAGCCAAAAAGGACCAGUCGCAAAGAAGGCAAAGGAGAGAACUUGGCCAUAGGCUUUGAUAUCCAUAAGGUGGAGCUGAACAGGAACUACCGGAUGCACACCCUGCAGCAGAAGGUGGCCAGCUCCAUCUACAUCAACUCCCGCAGCGUCUUCCUGAGGACGGACCUGAAGGAAGGCCGCUAUGUCAUCAUCCCCACCACUUUUGACCCCGGUCAUGUAGGAGAAUUCCUUCUCAGGGUUUUCACGGAUGUGCCUUCAGAUUGCCGAGAGCUAACGCUGGAUGAGCCACCACACACCUGUUGGAGUGGGAUGUGUGGUUACCCACAAGUGGUGUCCCAGAUCCACGUCCUCGCUGCAGCUGGGCUCAAGAAUCAGGACUCCCAAGGAGGAGCUGACCCUUAUGUGAUCAUAAAGUGUGAAGGGCAAAAGGUCCGAUCUCCAGUGAAAAAGAACACAGUGUCUCCAGAAUUUGACAUAAAAGGACUCUUCUACCGCAAGAAGCCAGGACAACCCAUCAUUGUUCAGAUCUGGAACCACAACUUAAUAAGUGACGAGUUCUUGGGCCAAGUGGUGCUCAAGGGGGAUCCCAGUGACCGGCAGUCAGUGCACACCCUGCACCUCCAGGACAAGGGCAACAGGAGAUCGAACGACCUCCCUGGAACCAUCGCUCUGAGGCUGCUCAGCAGUAACACCCUCACCAACGUCUAAGUACUCAAGGACUCUUCUUCUGGUGCCACAUAUGUGUAUAUAUACAUGCACACAUACAUACAUAUACAUAGAUACACACACAGCGCCUACCUACCAUCCACAAAGCGUAUAGGAACCACGCAUGCAUUCCACUCAAAGGAGCCAAUCUUGUGUGUUCAAUGUUAAAAAAAUUUGGUGCCUUUUUGGGGAACCGCAACGAUCCUUCCGCUGGCGUCCUCUGCAGCCCCCAUCGCCACCGUGUGCCCCCUGGGAUCGCUGCAGGCACGCCGUGUGUCCUGACAGCCAGAGCACGAUGCUCUGAUGCUGUUUGUUUACAUGGGGGCUGGCACGCAUGUGCCACCAAUGCACGUGUGGCCACCGUGGUCCCACCAGCCACUUCAAUGCAUCUUCGAUGUGUCUGCUUGGAUUUUAGAGUAGCGUGCAUGGAGUCGUCUCCCGCAAAACUGCCAUUUAAUCGCUUCGCUGUGGAGGCACCUCAGCAAAGGAGAAGCGGGAAAAUAGAUUGGGGCCUUUUGGAUGUUUUCUGGGGACAGAUCUGCAUACUGCAACUGGAAGGAGAAUGCACCAAGGCAGUCCCAAAUCCCAAAUCCACGGGGGCAAUGAGACUAAUGGCUCCAUCAUUUUAGGGACAAGCUGUCUUCUGCUGAGUCUUGUUCAACCUCAUGCAGCUCUGAAGGAUACAGAGAUGCCAACAACUGUGGUGGGACAACUGUUCCCUAGGGUCAAGUUCUUGAAUCAGUCUGGACUCAGCUCCUGCGUGUGCCUCUCGAACAGCCGUGGUGCCUGCUGUCCCCAUGUCUUCAUGCAGUCCCCAUCCCGAGAGCUCACCCCUGGAGCUGGGGUGGGUUUUCUGCUGGGGCUGUUCAGUGUGUAGAUCAGAGGACAUCAGUUCCUCUGAAGGCCAAAGCGUCAGGUCCAAGGGAUGGGGAGCUUUGUUCAACCGCUCCAUCUUUACUGCUGCAUACAGUGCACCAUUUCUCAGUGCCUCGCUUUCCCAAAUUCUAUUAAAAAAAAUACUAGGAUUUUAGCUUGUGCUAGAGGAGAGAAGAUGAGCACAGCUCCCAGUGCAGCCUGAAAAUGCUGGGAAUAUUUAAUUCAUACCAAUGACCAUCUCUCGGUGUUAAUUUUCAGUCUCCUGGCCUGGAGGAUGAAUUGCACAGUGCUGGAGCCAGACUCACAAGCACAACCCAAAUGCAUCCUCAGGGCCAUGUCCAGGGCUGUGAUCUGCUCCCGUUUGCCACCAAGACAGGGUUUAUCUCCCUCACUCCACUGGAUGGCAGAAUCCAGCUUCUUAUAAACCAUCCUAGAUAAACCAAACAACAAACCCUUGUCUGGCCUCUCAGCAGCGUAUCAGGGCAGGUUUUAAAACAUUUUUUAUUCUGCUGUUGUUUAGGUUGGGGUUUUUGUUUGUUGUUUUGCUGUGGUUGGUUUGUUUGUUUCUUUGUUUUUAAAUUCAUGUGCCUUUAAAAAUUGUGCAGGUGAAGGGAUUUUUCUGUCAGGUUUUCUAAUAAGCAAACCUUUUGCAGUUGUCUGCAUUUGAGUGGAAAUGAAUACAUGUGAUGUCAUCUUGGUAAAUUUUGACCUGAGCAGUGUCCUCUGCUUUCAAGGACAAGUGAAGGGGAAAAACUUAUUUUGCCAUAGCAAGUAGGGUUUCUGCUUGCCAUACUAAAUGCUCACACUUGUGCUGCAAGUCUGUAUUAUUUUUUGAAGUCUCUAAAGAUCUGCUGAAUCUAUAAUGUGGUAAGAUGUUCCUCAAAGUCACUUAAGCUGCCAGCUCAAUUCCUGGUACAUCCAGAAGCGUAAGGUACAACUUCAUCAAUUUUUGCAGGCUGUUGUUCCCCUUUCAUCACAGAAUCACAGAAUCACAGAAUGUCAGGGAUUGGAAGGGACCUGGAAAGCUCAUCCAGUCCAGUCCCCCCGCCGGAGCAGGAACACCCAGAUGAGGUUACACAGGAAGGUGUCCAGGUGGGUUGGAAUGUCUGCAGAGAAGGAGACUCCACAACCUCCCUGGGCAGCCUGGGCCAGGCUCUGCCACCCUCACCAUGAAGAAGUUUCUUCCCAAAUAUAAGUGGAACCUCUUGUGUUCCAGUUUGAACCCAUUGCCCCUUGUCCUGUCAUUGGUUGUCACCGAGAAGAGCCUGGCUCCAUCCUCCUGACACUCACCCUUUACAUAUUGAUAAACAUUAAUGAGGUCACCCCUCAGUCUCCUCUUCUCCAGCUCCAGAGCCCCAGCUCCCUCAGCCUUUCCUCACACGGGAGAUGCUCCACUCCCUUCAGCAUCUUUGUUGCCCUGCGCUGGACUCUCUCCAGCAGUUCCCUGUCCUGCUGGAACUGAGGGGCCACAACUGGACACAAUAUUCCAGGUGUGGUCUCACCAGGGCAGAGCAGAGGGGCAGGAGAACCUCUCUGACCUACUGACCACCCCCCUUCUAACCCACCCCAGGUACCAUUGGCCUUCCUGGCCACAAGCGCCCAGUGCUGGCUCAUGGUCAUCCUGCUGUCCCCAGGACCCUUUCCCCUACACUGCUCUUUAAUAGGUCAUUCCCCAACUUAUUUUCAGAGUUUACCUUAUUGGGGUUUUGGUCAAAUUGCUUAUUUUCUUAGGUCCUGUUUUCCAGAGCUUAGAUUCAAGCAGUAUCUCACAGGAUGCUCUUUCCUGGUCCCAGUUAUUCCUGGCUUGCACUGAGCACCCUCCAGCUCCUGGUGCCAUCACUGGGACUUCGCUUAGUUCAGCAUCUUGCAGAACUGGCUCAAAUUGGCUCCUAGUUUGGCAAAGCAACAUUUCAACCCCAAGAUCAAAGCAAAUCAUUGAAUUUGGGCAGACUGAUUCAGAGAUUAUUUUUUUCUGGUUUUGCUCAUGGGACUCAUCACUAAGUGGGAGCAGCAUUGUGGGGCCGGAAGGCAUGAUUUAUGUCUUAGGUGAAGAUCUCACAAGGUUGUGUUCGGAGUGGUAUGUGAGAGGGACUGUAAAGCCCAAUGAUACCUCACAUGUCAGGGAAAAUAACUCUUUAUUAAGGGAGAACUUCACAGGAACAUCACAGGAGCUUUGAACCAUGCUCGUCAGAUGGGGGUAGCCAGCCUGCCUGCAUUAGCCUUGUUUUCUGGGGAAAUCGGGCUACUGAGAGGUUCAGCAAACAAGCACCGUUUGGCCAGGAUUCCUUCCUACCUACCUACCUAAUUACCUUCCUUCCUACUUGAAAGAAUCAAGCCAUAAUGAGAGGAAAAGCAGCUUUUUAAUAGCUUCUUAAAAAAACAAAAUCAUCAUACUAUAUCAGGACCAAAAUGUCUUAAUAUUGGUAAUAUUUGUCUUAAAAAAAAUACUUUGGAAAAAUUAGAAGCAUUCUUCCCUCUGCAUUUCAAAUGGAACCACAAAAAUUACCUUUGUUCCUUGUUUUGUUUUAUUUUCUUUGUAGAGCAGGUGGGGGAGGGCAGUUACUGAGAUGCCAUUCCUAAUGUUGAUGCCUUUUGUCUUCGAAUGAAGUAAACAGAAAUAUUCAGGGGUUUCUUUGGGGAGGGUAGGUCUGAUAAGCACUUUCCAGUCACCUCCAGGUCAUGUAGGACACACCUCUGAUUUAUUUUCCAUUUCUUUUGUUAAUCAUUUCAAUGGUUGCAAGUAGCACUCUGUGAAAAUCCUUUUCUUUUUGAUGCCUGCAUGGUAAAACAGGCCACAACUUCAUCUCCAAAGGCGGUGAUAUGUCACGCUGCACAAGAUCAGAGAGCGGUCCGAACAGAAAGCCAACGUUGUACAGCUGUAAACCUCCUAUAAAUAAAUUGUGUAUAUUUUAUUCAGA